GCGCAGUGAGGCGCUUCUCAUUACAGGAGCGGAGCGGAGGGUAAACAUGGCUGUGCCCGGCGGACGGUGAGCGCAGCCCGGCGGACAGUGAGCGCAGCCCCCUGACCUCGCCGCUGCAGACCCACGGGAGCCGAAACGGGCCGCGAAUUCAUCUGUUUUAAUCGAUUCUUCAGAUCAGACUCGAGUCCAGCGCGGCGGAUGGUCGUCUGAGCAGCGUCCGCCUCUGCUCGCUCUCAGCCCGGCUAUGGCGGAGAGCUUUGACCGCGCUCCCGGAGCAGGGAGGACCCGGGGGAAGGCCAGCGGCCCCGCGGCGGGAGAGCUGUACAGCGGCCCGCCGGCAGAGCAGGACGCCGGGGCCUCUGUGUUCAACCAGUGCGAGCCUCUCAGACAGCCUCGGACCUCCCCUCCCACACCCGAGAGCAGCGCGGGCUCCGGCGAGCUGCAGACAGACAGAAGCUCGACUAGACCCUCCAACUCAGCCCACAGUAACAGCAGCACAGCAGCCUUAAAGCCCCUCAGUGCUGAGUCUCUGGUGCAGAACUCCAAACUGUCGGCCAACGCUCCGGAGUUCUUCCCCACCUCCUACCCUCCAUACCAGGACGUGGUGUACGAGGACGGCUCUGACGGAUACUACGCCGGGGCCUCUCUGGCUGAUUUCGUUCAGGAGUUCCUCAGUCACCUCAACUCCUCUCCGGGCUCGUUUGAGUUCACUAUCGGGCAGAUCACAGCCACGCUCAACGACUGGGUGACCACCGAGGAGACGCUGCAGGAGCUCGUGGAGCUCAUCUUCACUCAGUCGACCUCCAUGCAGAACUUCGCCUACACCGGAGCGCGACUGUGUAACCACCUGUCUCACCACCUCGCCCUCAGCCCAGCCAGCGGGAACUUCAGACAGCUGCUGCUCAAACGGUGCCGUGUGGAGUUCGAGCAGAGGGAUCAGGCUGUUCUGGGUGGCGAUGAGACUCAGAGGAGGUUCCACUCUUACGUCCUGUUUCUGGGGGAACUUUACCUGAACCUGGAGGUGAGAAGUGCGAAGGGUCCUCCGUCGCGGGCGGAGAUCCUGCUGGCCGCGCUGAAGGAUCUGAUGGACACGCUGUUCUCUCGCCCCACGGACGCCAACCUCAUCUGCGCCGUCAAACUGCUGAAGUUGACCGGCUCGGUUCUGGAGGACUCGUGGAAGCAGAGCGGAAAGUCCCACAUGGACGAGAUCAUCCAGAGGAUCGAGAACAUCGUGCUGGACGCCCAGUGCAGCAGGGACGUGAAGCAGAUGCUCCUGCGGCUGGUGGAGUUGAGGUCCAGUAACUGGGGCAGAGUUCACACAGCAGCCCAGUUCAGUGAGGCCACGCCCGACAACGACCCCAACUACUACAUGAAUGAGCCGACCUUCUACACUGCAGAUGGGACUCCGUUCACAGCAGCAGAUCCAGAUUACUCGGAGGCGUAUCAGGAGCUCCUGGAGCGCGAGGACUAUUUCCCCGACCUGUACGAGGAGAACGGGAACGACUCGCUCGACGGCGAGGAGGACGAGAUGGAUCCUGAGAUCGAGGAGGCGUUCGAGAAGUUCUGCUUGGAGUCCGAGAGAAAAAGGAAACAGUAGAAACGGCAGAGCGGAGCUGCCGGGGGUCUCCAGCCUGGGCGCCGAGAGAAACCACUUUUAUUUGAUUUAUUUUAGGCCGUUUCAGUACGUAAACCAGCGCCCCCAGCUCCCGGGGUCCGUCUGGACCUCCUGUUGGCUCGACGCGUAUCGGCUGUCGUCGACUCCUCCUGCAGCGCUGGGCUGCUCCUGGUUUGCUUUGAUUCUCUCUUCUCCCUCCCCCUGUUUGUUUGCUGAUCUGAAGGUUUGCAGUGGGUUCUUAUUUCUUCAGUCUGAGAAGCAGAGUAGCGCCGUCAGCGUUUGAUCUCGGACUGAACGCUUUAGCCGAGCGCAGGGCUGAGUUUGAGCUCUUAAGGUACUCGAGAAAAAAUCAGUCAAGAGAAACCAGUAAGGGAGAAAGAAAGAUACCAAAAAUAGCGUUUUGGUGAGCUUUGAGUUUCGUUUGAUUCUUUUCUUUGGGUUCUUCUGUCUUCAGGUUCACUUUGGACCUUUUUAAGAAUUUUACAGAUUUGAUGCACUUCCUGAAGCCUCCGCCGCCAGUUUGGUUACUGAAUCCCGAAAAUGAGCUCUCCAGUUAGACUGGAGGGAGGAGAUGGAUUCAGAACCACUGUGACAUUUCAGCACUGUUCACACUCUCCCCACCCAGAGGAAACCUUUAUUUUAUUAUAGUAUUGUAAAUAUUAUUUACAGCAUUGUUUGCCUGCAAUAAAUCUUUAUAACGUGACUGCU